AUGGCCGCCAAGAGGCGCCGCAUCACGAAAGAGAUCGAAGCGGAGGCAUUUUCGGGAUUCGGGAUUCGGGACCUCGGGGAAUCCGUCGACCUGACGGCACUGACGGCGGCAACCGUGAGCACGCCGAUGAUGGCCUCGGCCUCUUCAAGGGGCGACGGUGGCGGCCACAACACGAAGGGCGCGCCGGGCAGGGCCAGUGGCAGUGGCAGUGGCGGGGCCACUCCGAGUCGUGCCUCGGCCUCGAACCCAGCCGCUGGUGAUGCCGACAUGGACAAGCAGACUAAGCAGUUGCUCAAGCUGCCGGUGACCACCGUGGCAACGAAGUUGCGGACGAAAUCCAUGAAGGGUUACACCGAGAUGUUGACAGCGGCUCAGAAGGCACAGCAAGCGGCCAAGGACUGCACUGCAUACCGCGAUCUGCUCAAAGCAGAGCUGCCAGAGCCGGGAGAUGGCUCCGGAGAAGCCGGAGAACACGGGGGCCCAGAGUCCUCAGAGGCUUUGGAUCUGGCAGAUCGGCCACUCCUCCGCCAGAUCAAGGAACGCUUCGCGAUCCUCAGCGCGCUGAGUGACACAGCUCAGACGAAGAUCGACACCAAGAAGAUGGAGCCGGUUUUGAAGCAACUGUCACAGGACGGUCUUGGACUGCUUGGCCUUGAUCAGUACUACAGCGAGAUUUUUCCUGACGGACAAGAGACGCAGCCGAAGCUGAUGACGAUUGGGAAUGUACAAUUCUUGAGGUCGGUGCAGAUUUCUCUAGUCAAAAAGGCGGAGCAGUGCCUCCAGAUCCACCAGCAAGCGGUGGACGGGAUCGAUUUCUUGAAGAACCUCGCGAAGAACUUGUUGACAGACGUUUCGCAGUUCAAGGCCUUCGUGGAAGCAGACCGCAAGGCCAAGGAAGAAGAGGAGAAGAUCGCUAAGUGCUUCGGCUUCGGAUAG